AUCUUUUUUGAACUUAACAAACUUAAUAUGAUUAUUUGAGUCUUCCACCAUGGACUUCAACGUUGUUUUACGCUAUUGGUGAAGGUAUUGUCGAAGAAAACCUUCAAUCUGUGUUUAAGUGUAUAUUGGUCUUGUUCAGGAGAAAAGGGAAUGUUAUGGUGAUGCCAGCAGGGAAUACUCCGUUUGAACUUUUUGCAAAGUGGGAGUCAGAAUAAAUACAAAAACACGUGUUUCAGGAUUAAAUAUGAGGAUAUAUAGGACCUAUUGAUAUUUUAACGAAUAGGUCGUAAUGGGUUGGCGGAGAUGAAGGAGAUGUUAUUUCUCUUAGUUUGGUUCAAAGCGGCUCGAAUUUAGAUGGUGUAUAUGUCUUGUCGAGCCUUGAUACCACUACGAUUCUAUCACCUGUAAUUAUGCGGAUCUUUUGGGUCGUAUUCGGGAUCGCCAUAACGCAUAUAAUAGGUCUUGGCAGUGAAGACGAAGUCCGUCUUGUGGAGGAUCUCUUCGAUAAACAAGGAUACAAUCCAUUGAUCCGACCAGUUACUAAUCUCUCGUAUAUAAUUCAUGUGGAAUUUGGGCUCGCCAUGGUCCAACUUAUCAAUGUGGAUGAAAAGAACCAGAUUUUGAAGACAAAUGUGUGGCUACGAAUGACGUGGAAAGACUUCCAACUGCAUUGGGAACCAUCAGACUAUGGAGGCAUUCAGGUCAUUCGAAUAAAACCAGAUAACGUUUGGAAACCAGAUAUUGUACUUUUUAACAACGCUGAUGGGAAAUACGAGGUAUCAUGGGAACCAAAUAUCCUAAUUUACAGCGACGGAACAGUCCUCUGGAUUCCCCCAGCCAUUUACAAAAGCUCAUGUGCUAUAAACGUUAUGUACUUCCCAUUCGACCAGCAAAUAUGUAAAAUGAAAUUCGGCUCAUGGACGUACGAUGCAAAGCAGGUGACACUCGGCUGGUACGAGGGACGAAAAAGUGUGGAUUUAUCAGACUAUGUCUACUCGGGGACGUGGGACGUUAUAGAUUGUCCAGCGCACUUACAUAAGUUUAACGAAACCCUCAAGGAUUUUGAGGGCAGGGAGUUCCUAAAACAGCAAGAGCAAAUCUACUUUAAUAUAACGAUAAGGAGGAAAACGCUUUUCUACACCGUGAAUCUGAUUAUCCCGUGUGUGCUCAUAUCCUUCCUGAGUGUCUGUGUGUUUUACUUGCCUGCAGACGCUGGAGAGAAAAUGACUCUCUGUAUCUCCAUUCUGCUCGCCCUGGUCGUGUUCCUGUUGCUGGUCUCAAAGAUUCUGCCCCCUACAUCACUCACAAUACCCCUCAUAUCAAAGUUUCUGCUGUUCACCUUCAUAAUGAACAUAAUCACCAUCUUUAUCACUGUGGUUAUCAUAAACUGGAAUUUCCGAACACCAAGGACGCAUCGGAUGCCGACUUGGGCACGAUAUGUUUUCCUAAACUACCUCCCUCGAAUUCUUUUAAUGAAAAGACCUGAUCACGAUCAGAGGUGGAGGGAAGGCCACCACUUGAAGCAACAGAAACAGCAUCAACGGCCGCCAAAUCGGGCGACUGCUGAGCCAAGAUAUAAUAUUAAUGCAAGAACUGAACUGCUUGAACUAGCUGAUAUGCCGAACUGUAGGAUGGGAACAGCUAGUUCGAUGGAUAAACAAGAUGAGGGCACGCCAGAAGGGUUCCGUCUAACACCCGAGAUGCAUAGAACAAUUGAGGGAGUUAAAUUUAUAUAUACGCACAUAAAAGCAGAAGAUGAUUACCAUACAGUCCGAGAGGAUUGGAAGUAUAUAGCAAUGGUGAUAGAUCGAUUGCAGCUUUAUUUGUUCUUGGGUGUCACCAUCGGAGGAACAAUAGGAAUCUUGAUUAACGCGCCUCACAUAUUUGAAUACAUAGAUCAGGAUACAUUAGUAAAGGGUAUAAAUGAGAAAACUCACCUGAUAACGUGAGAGUGAGAGGUAAUGCGCAUGCGUUUGCUGAUGUUCUUCCAUACGCUCCGAUUGCGAUGCCAUUUUGUCUGGCGUUCGUCCCACAUCUUCCAUGGUAGAAAGCUUGCCUAUGAUUGGCUGCCGCAUCUCACGUGAUAAGAAUACAGUUGAUGGAUUACGAUUGCACACAAGAUGCCGCUCAGAAUUAUCAACACAUUUCGUGGAUUUUCAUAGCAAGUCGUGGCUUAUUGGGAAAGGCGUGCGGUGGCGUUGAUGGUGAUGGUUACAGUGAUGAGAUUACAGUCGGUUGUUGGAGAUGCUGAGUUGUGUUGCCAUGCCAUUUUUGCAUGGGGUACUACAUCCGGGUGGGCUCCCCACGGAGAUUUUCUACUUGUAUAUGUUUAUAUCAGUGAACCAUUUUACAACGCAAAACCAAUAUUAUUCAAGACAACAAAAUGAUUUAGAAAUAUCCUGAAUAGCUUGAGAUGUGCUGUGAAGUAGUCUGACAAGUGUUGAUGCACUGUGUGUACCACUCAGAGCUUUUAUAUGCAGUUAUGAUAAAGCAAUAUACCGCGGAUUUGACGCCAAAUUUGGACAUAAUAAGUUCAGGAUUAAAAUGUACAUGAGUGCUAUGACAGGUCGCAUCUGCCUUUAUAUAGUCAAUUUAGUUGGGACUGUUUGAAACUUAUAUUUUGUGCAACAAAAGUGCUUUAUUACUGAAACUUGUAUAGCCCCUAAUCAGUACGUUGAUCGCUUAAUCGGAAAUUUCAGAGCUAGUUUGUCUGUUGUCUGUUGUAGUUAAGUAGAAUACGGAGUAUCUUCGUAUUGGAACUUUAGUUUCAGUUUCUUCGGUGUUCUAUAGUUUGAGGUGUGACAUCUAUGAAAUUCUUCCGAACCCUAAUGAGUAUCUGCUGAGUAUUACAGUUGUUACUCAAGGAGUUAGCUGUGAAAUAUAACUCAAGGCGAGGUUUGAAGUCACAAACGAACGCAGAAGAUCACUGUGGAGCGUUCAGUACUCCAGUCGACAUACAAGUACAUGUACAAAUGUAUUUCGAGAGCGUACUGAUAGAGGUUUAAGCAAGCUAAAGUGAUGCCGAACUGAGGUAUAUGGGUCGUCUAUCUAGGGUGGAGCUGAAUAGUGUCGGCCAAAUGGAGGUUUGGCAAAUGACUGCUGCACCAGUGAGAGUGAUGUUUGGUAAGACAACCAAUACUAACAGCGAGGUGUCAAUAUAUGAUCCAAAACAACUCAAACUAAACAUUAACAUAUGUGAUUUUGACUUCGUCCAACAGAAUAUGAAGUAUGGCGAUUAUGUUAUUCCUGGGUAGUUUGUUCAUUAAUUAUUUUGUAUAGAACAUGUAUAAGAAAUGGUAAUCACAACAAAUGAACUGGUAGUUAAGAGUUAAACUUUGCCUGAGCGUUGGUGCGGCUGUCUUCCAGGUUUUCUUUGAGUAGUAUUUAUUGGUAGUUUAUAAUCAGAUAAUGAACUAAUUGAUGAGUUACAUUUGAAAAUAAUACCAUGUCCGUUGCUUCAUCUUCAGUUCUUUUCAGUGGCUGUAAAUAAUAUAAACGAUUUUACAUAUUUUUAUUUCAAAUAUAACUGUCUGGACAAUUCCUACCUUUACCAUUACCCUUCCGUUGAAGUGUCAUCGACUUUUGGCUUGCCAGCGUAGAAGUCACCUGGAGAAAUGAUCCAGGGAACAAAUUGCCUUGUCUUGCAUGCGGGCAUUGGUUUAUAAAACAAGGUUCAUAACAUAAGGACAAGGUAUCCCUUCGACAGUGGUACUCGUGUUUUCAGGUUACAGGAGAUCUACAACAACCUUUAAAAAACCAAGUCUUACAUGAGGAUUCUUCGUGGAUCGGAUACUGUUAGUCGCCAAAAUUUCGCACUUAUUUUUUGCUAUUUGUGAAAACGAUUUUUCUGGAUCGACUCAUGUGUUAUUGAGUUCUUAUUUGCCUAUAGCUGACAUCUAUGAUGUGAUGACACUUUGUUUUCUUGUUUUUUAAAGUCGGCAUUAAAUCAAUCACGAUUGAGGUUUUAUCGAAAUUUUCGUGUCGUAUGUAAAACAAAACGAUUAUUCGAAUGUUGUAAAAAAUAUAGGGGUACAACAACUACAAUUACUACUUGGGUGAUAAUGUUAGUGCCGAGCAUGUACACAGCAUAGUUCGGGGAACUAGAGGUGGAGAGCUAUUAAGCCUAGGUUGAACUUUAUACUAUGAUCGGUUUUGUAUUUUAAUAUCCUCCCUUUGACAUGAUUGGUGUGGAAUUCGACACUUUGCUUAAGCAGGAAUUUGGAACUUCCGAUCAGAUAUUGACCAAUCAGAUAACCUCUAUCAUGUUCGGCUCAGACUGCAUCCGCAUUUGGGCUUAUGGGACUUUCUAUUGGCCAAUAGCUGAGCGGAAGCCCCAUAUUAUUGUUUGAGAUAAGUGGCAAAUGGUACCUGUGAUUAACGGGGUAAGUUAUGAACGUGAAUGCAGAGCAAACAUUACUUGAAGCCUAUUAGCAUUUUAGGCUGUUAUUUUUGGGUGUCAGCCUAGUCACCAUAGGCCUUCUACCUGUUGAUAGCAACAUUGAUACAAAUGGACUACAAGUCCAGCGCCAGUGAACAGCCUAAUGGCACGACGCAGCAGGAAAUGCCAAUUUGGAGCGAGGUCUUUACCCAGAACUGGACAGCGUCCUCUUGGGGUUGGCACUGGCAGGUUUCAUGCUCCAUGCUAGAGACUAGGGGUGAGCGAAGUCGUUUGUUCUUCAUAAACAGUGUUGUCGAUGACUCCAAAAUAUGAUCAGCAUAAAUUGCGAAUAAACUAUGCGAUGAAAAGAGGCAAAUAUUCAUGGCAUUGAAGUAUGUCGACGGAUUCGCUUGUGCUUGUGGUUCCAUCUAUGGUCCAUGCAAGUGGUAGACUUUCGUUGGGUCGCUAGGGCAUUUUGGAAAGAGUUCAUAAUUCCCUCUUACAAAACAGUUGGCACCGGAACGACUAGAGCUAAACCAAUUAUGAUCAAUCAAGAAGCUAUGAUAUUGUUUGAAACGCCCUGUUUUGUACUAGCAAGUCAAGUCUGUCCUUACGGUUUAAACACAUGCCGAUGUAUCCAUUGCUCUUGAGUGUGGCGCUCUUCCCUUCAAUUGUCUCUCAGGUGUCUGUAUAGUAGGUAGGUUCAGUUAGGUUCUCAGCUAAUUAACUGGACUAAUUAGUAAUAUCAAUAUGGUGUCAUUUUUAUAGAUAUUUCACGAAACAGUGUAAAUGAGUCUGGGUCCCAGUGAUGAUUGUAUACACCUGAUCUUUUUUCAUUUGCCGUCGAGUGAAUAUAAUCAUGACUGGUGUUAGCCAAGGAGGAUAGCGCAGGUGCGUAAGUUCUUGUCAUCUAAUAUUGCAUCUAUUAAGUGUAUAUAUGGGCAGGCGAUCUCCUUUUAAAAUGUGUGAUAAUAUGAUCAGAUAAGCUACUGUAAUCGUACUGAGUGACCGUAGCCCAUUGGGCUACGCGUGACAAUAAGGUUUGUUCAUUAUCGCGCUGUUCAAUUUUCGUAACCAUAUUCGAAAUCUGCUGUAAUUUUGUUCCAACUUCUGCCGGUCGUGGCGUUGAUUUAAAGUCCUCAACGGAACAUAGAGCAUGGCAUAAUGAGGAACUACGAAGUGACGCACGUCCGCUCUCAUCCUUAGGUGUUACCCUAAAUGGAGCCUGAGAGCGAUUCGGGAGUGGGGUGGUUGAUGGCAUGACUUAUCAAAGAACAUCCUCAGUGGUCUUGCACUAUAUCGUCUCUGCGUGUGGUAUAGCGUAUCAUUGCCAAAGCCAAGACACAUCCCGCAAACCCAGCGUCUUCCGUAGAAAGACUUACUUAUUUGGCUGAAGACCAUUUACUUUACGGACGUGAUUGUGGAAGUAGUGCCUGGAAGAAAAUCUGUGGCACGGAUACUCAAAUUGCGAGUGUCAGUCAGAGAAACACCGCCACCUCCCGAAUUGCCAUACCAUGUUCAGUCCUUCAUUGCUUCGUGACAACAUCUGAAAGACACCCAGAAACUAACUAAGAAUUACAUAUAUCGUUGUGAAAUAGAUGACACAGACCUAGUGCAAUGGUUGUGCUACGCAUACGGGUCAUGUAAAAUAUGUAAAUAGGAACAUUACCCAUUGUUAUUCGAAACGAGAGUAAACGAACUGGCUUCGUACUUAUCACGUGUUAGAGUCCGUAAUUAGCUGGUUCGUAUCUUGAUCUGUUUUAGAUGAGAAAGGAUAUCCUUAGCUAGCGGCGCAACGCAAUACAUAGUAUAAUCCAGUGAUAUUUUGACAAAACGGUAUUUCACAUACGAAGUAUGUUCAUGUAAAAAGGUAUUGUCCAGUAUUGUUAUGGUACAUAAACAUUUUUA